AUGACGUCAGGUCUCAAUGGGGCGGGCGGCGCGGUGGCGCGGCGCCAGACGACUCGCACCCCGCACCACACCUCUCUCCCAUCCCCUUGGGUCACAGUGCAUCGUCGGAGGUCGUACUCCAUACUACUUCUGAGAUACUCCACGACAUAUGAACGGCUUCUCCGUCGCGCGCGCACAGAGGAUCUCAGUGAGAUCUCAGGCAUAGGCUGUCUGUACCAGAGCGGAGUGGACAGGCUCGGCAGACCCGUCGUCGUCUUCAUCGGGAAGUGGUUCCCUAUUGGAGAUAUUGAUUUGGACAAGGCUCUCCUAUACCUGAUCAAGCUGCUGGACCCCAUAGUGCGCGGGGACUACGUGAUCGCGUACUUCCACACACUCGCCUCCUCCGCCAACCACCCGCCCUUCUCCUGGCUCAAAGAAGUGUACACCGUGCUGCCUUACAAAUAUAAGAAGAACCUCAAAGCAUUCUACAUUGUACAUCCCACAUUCUGGACAAAGAUGAUGACGUGGUGGUUCACGACAUUUAUGGCGCCAGCGAUUAAGGCGAAAGUACACAAUCUUCCUGGAGUCGAAUACUUGUACUCUGUGAUGGCGAGAGACCAACUCGAUGUACCAGCUUUCGUCACGGAAUACGAUAUGACGAUAAACGGUCUCCAUUACUUCCAGCCGGACACGAACAAUACGUAAGACGCAGCAUUCACUCCUUUAGCUAUACGUUCAGAUCGUUGUUACAUGUUCCGGGCCGGUUGCCAACAUCUCUCUGUGUCCAUACGACGAAGGAUUUCGACUGUCAUUCGCGUCUCGCUGGACAACUGCGUUCCAAGCAAUAAAUAUACGUACUUUGGUACUAUAAAUAUUGCUAGAAACAUAGAUCAUUUAAAAGUGUGUCUUAGGACUACGUACUUAGAUGUCGUUUUAACCUAAAAAAUGCGCCUGUACAUGAAUAGUGUUACUAAAUAAUAAAUCGGCGCAAAAUAAAAGUUUGCUUACAAUUUUUAUAAUGAUUAGUAGGAUUUCACAAAGAUAUGCUGGCAACACUGCAAUUCGAAUCCGAGUGACCGUUUGAUUAUGAAAAACGGUGACUCGUUUUUAGGCCGCUGUUAUAGUAUUUUUGUGGACUUUUCAUUCACUGUCUGAUCGAACUGCAUUUGUAACGAAUCUCGUUAUCAAGAAAAUAUCAUAAAAUUGACGAUUUCAAUAAAAUUAACCAUUGUGUCGAAAGAUUUUGGCGUAGGAUAAAAUGUAUUGUGAGUAAUGUAAAUUACAGAUUCCUAUCAGUGACAUAUCAAAUAACUGUUGGGUCCAGAAAUUCGAAUGAUCGUAAGACUUAGAUGUUAGAAUACGCCAAAAGUAUAGAAGGUAUGACGACUCGGUUAAACCCCAUUUCUACUGUAAAAUGUACAUUAAGUACUCAAUUUACCAAAGAACCAUCAUGAAUGGAACCAACUCUAAAAUAAAUCGGACAGUGAAUAAAAAGUACAAGAAAAGUUAAAAUUGUUGAGAAUAUAUUAUCUUGUAAUCUAGUAUUAGCGGUGCAUUUUAUAUUAUUUAAUUGUAAUAAUUGAUAUAAGACAUAUUAUCGAUUGUUAGAUGUUCUUAUUACGUCUGUAUUUUUAACUCUUGCAACCCCGUUAUAUCUAAACCACCUAUGAAAGUACUUAGACGUUUUUAUAUUUUGUCUAUGUAUUUAGUUGUGAACGUUACAAUGUGUGCUAUUUUUUGUACCUAUAUUAUAUUUUUAUGUAAAAGUAAUAGACGAAACUGUCAUUUUAUUAAUGUAUACCUUCCUACUUUAUAAUCUUGAUGCUGACUAUGCUCAUGAGUGGUUUGUGGGUGAAUUUUGAAUGAUCCAGUGUAGAAAAGCUGUUGGAAUUUGCACUCCAUUGUGACCUUUUAGAAACGGACGAAUACAAGCUAAUUCCCUGCGUUACCCGCCUUCCUGCUGGUUCUGUUGAUGAGACACUUCCACUUGCAGAGUGAGCUUGCAUCUAGCUGGUCUGCUGGUCUCCAUGUUUACCUUAGUAGUUCACUACAUAUUCUUCCCACGGCCCCCAUUCUCUGAAACUUCACUGUUCAAGCGACAGGGUAUUCGUUUAGUGAGUAGUGAGGAAAAUGUUAUUUUUUAAUAUAGAAAAGAGUUGUCUCAUACAGCGUAGAUUUGGUAUCAGUUAGGAAAAUUAAAAUAUAACAAACCCUUUCUCUAAAUUUAGAUAUUUAACAAUUAAUUUUUACAUAAAGGUGCUUGAUAAUUUUUGCAUAUUGAGAUUUUAAUUUUUUACAUAAAUAGAUUUUAAUAUAGGCUUAAUAAUGGUACAUAAUGUUAGAGUAAUGUAAAUACGUACGCUGUUAAAGAUUUUUGCGGAAACAUUCACUCGUCUCGCACUACGGUAUUGUAGAUUUUGAUAAAACGCCAAAUGUGAAAGUGAGUUUGUACUUGAGUUAUUGUCAUCCAUGUUUUAAUUGGCACGUUAACAAGAACGCUACGCUGCACAUUUUUCGGCCUAUUGCAAAGAUUUAAUUGCUGCUUUAACAUAUCGAUAUGUGGUCGCUAAGCGGCCAUACUAAGGAAGGUCUAUCAGAGCCCAGAUUAGUACAAACUCACUCUCUCAGGACACGUGAGAUUUCAGUGUAGAAGUAGUCGUGUGAAUUGGUUCUAAUGGCUUGUCGCCAACUACUAAAUAGGAACUUUCAAUACUACCCAACCAGCACCAAACAUGGCAGGAUUUUGUCAGAGAACGGAUAAGCUCGCACAAUGUGUAUUUUCAUAUUAUUUCUACCUUUACCUUUUAUUAAAAAUUAUAUUUCUCAUUCUUACCCUAACUUUACUUCCAAGUAGCUAUGAUAUACGCUACCUAUGUAGAUUAUGGCAAUAACCAUAAAAUAAUCAGAAAAUACACAAUGCGCUAACUAAACCUCCACUAUGACAAAAUCUGGCCAUGUUACGUGCCGGAGUAAAUUUUUGAAAGGACUGUUAAAAGUUGGCGGUACUGUCAUAGUAGUGUUGCCAACCUUUAAAUAUAAAACACUGCCACUCGCAUGUAGCGGCAUUGCGACACGCCUCGACGUGCCGUAGGGAUCACCGAAUGAACGUAGCCUUGGAUAUUGAUGCAUCUAAACUUUAAACAUAUUUUUAUAAACUUAGAACAUUUUAUAACUGGUUACUCGUUCCACGAAACUGUGUAGAUCAUUGUGAGUGAAGUAGGUUGUAUGGAUUGUAAUCGAGUAGAGAUUUUGCCAAUUACCUCAUAUAUUGACUUUCUAUAUUGUUAUAAAAUGCUGUUGUUAUUCUAGAAAUAGGAGAAAAUAUAACAUUUGUAUAUUUAUAUUUAUCUAUCACGUAGUUUAACUGUUAUCGGCAAAGGUGUUUCGUGGAACGAUUUUUUCUUUCUUAGUCAAAGUGUACAAUAAAUAAAGUCUAAAAUUAUUUUGUCCGUAACUAUUGUGCCACCUGUUCGAAACAAUUUUUAAAUGUUUAUUAGUACCGAUAUACUUAAGGUCUUUGCCUGAGAGAAAUGUUCUUCAAGAUAUGUGUAAGCGGUCAAGAUAUUUGCUAUAUUAUAAAUGUAAGGUCCCUCUAAACUAAGUUGGUUGAAUUUUUAAAUGUAACCGCCCAUGUUGCUAGUUUCAAUGUUUCAUAUUCAGUCGACCACGUCUGUGUUAUGCUAUGCAUCAUAUUACCUAAGCAAUAAAGUUGUUAUUCCAAAUUGUCUAUGAGAUGUGCUUGUCAGUAUCGUGAUGCAAAGGUCUAAAGAUAACAUUCUACCGCAUUCCGCAACUGACCUAAGGAAACGACUGAUUUGCGGGGUUAGAAGUAAAUGUGUAUGAAUCGUUUGCGUGUUGUUUGUGUGAGUGCAAAAUUGCAAUUUUUAAUAUACCUACAGUUAAAUUUGUAAGUGAUCUUUCUGCAGAGUAUGUUAGCAUUCAAUAUUAAUCGACAAUUAUAAAGCAAUGUAGAGCUGUGUGAUGUAUCGUGAUGGUGUGUUAAGAUGUAGGGUAGUAUGAUCAAAAAUGCGAUAAAGAGGAAUUGUUGUGCAAUGAACCACUAGAUGGCGUUAAAAUACCGUCUCUUCUCCGGCAAACGUAAUGUAGUAUGUAGAAAGACUCCUUUGGAGUGAGUGGUGCAUUCAAAUAGAACAUAUUCCUCUUUAUCGCAAGCAAAACGAAAAUUGCGUGAAAAUUAAACAUUGCUUACAUUUCUAUUCGUUUGCAAAAGAAAAAGCAAAUGACUGGAAAUGAAUGCAAUGGUUUCAUGUUGAAGAGAUUAUUAUAACCGUUCUACUUAUUAUAAAAUCGUGAUUAUUUUUAAAUUCGAGCACUAGAGAACCUGAGAGUAAACAAAGGCCUUAGAUGUGUUAACUAUUGUUAUGUUGUAUGUCGAGUAUCUUUACGUUGCUAAGUCUAUUGCUGUUAAACACUUGUGAAAAAACGUAACGCUAACUAAAUAUAUUAUAGGAGUUAUUUAAACAAAAGUAUGUGAUCAAGCGAAUGUUGGUUAAGUUUCAUAUUUUAUUAAAAAUAGAGCAUUAAAUAGGCUAUGUAAAUAUUUAACAAAUACAAAAUAAAAUUAUUAAUUUACUAA